CUGCUCCUGCUCCUCAUUUUCUUAUCGCGUUCGCGUGCUUUCCACCUGAGCAUCUCCAUCCGCCGGCUAAUCGAGUGUUUAUCGCAAGCAGAUCGGCUAGAUCGGGAACUCAGAUAUCGAAGUUAAUUUCCGUGUGAACAGUGCUUUUCAAAAAUCCAUUAAUCAGUAAUAAUAUUAAUAAUAAUAAUCAUUAUAAUCACUUGAACAAGUGCAUAACCAAACAAGUGUCUUUCCGCUAUUUUGUUUUGUAAAUUUCGAAAGACAUAAAAUCCAUUGCAAGAGGACAUUGUGAGUUUAAGUGAAUUUCAAUAGUGAAAAUGCAUAUAAAAUUUAAUUCAAAUACAUAUUCAACUGGCAUACGUCGACAUGGCAAAUUAAAUCCCACGGUUUCGUAAAAUGCAUUUCGAGUCAUAAAUUAGAUCCACCGAUAUACGUAGAGCGUUCUAAUCUAAAUCGUUAAAAAUGGGCGAUACUUUGGACGAGACGCCGCCAACGCGUCGCGACAAACCACAAACAUUGAACAUUGGCCAGGAGGAGCAGGGAUCCGAUCCUGCAUCCGGCAACACCUCCUCCCCCGUAUCCUCAAUCGCCAUUCCCGCUGCCCGCGUACCGCGCCACCGAUUGCGUCACGCGGAUCGGGAUCAGAAACGGGAUCACUCGAGCGACGGUCUGGUUUCGAGUGGCGAACUCCGGGACGAAUUCAUGGGCAUCGAUGCCCAGCCGCGUCGCGAAAGUCUCAAUAGCUGCGAGGUGGGCAGUCCGGGGACCAUGUCCUCCAGUCUCGGCAAGGCGGGACGGCUCAACAGUUCCAGGUACCCGUCCGGCGGCGCUGGUGCCAUCGGCCUGAGUGUCAUGGGCAACCUGGUGGGCACCACCACCCGCAAGUGCGUCCUCACGCUGGACGGGUACUCCUAUGUCAUAGUUGCCAGCACGCCGGAGAGUUUGCCCAGCAAGCGGGACGAGGCAAGUGGUGGGGCGGGCUCCACUGGCGGCACAAGUGGUGCGGCAACGAGCAGCAGCAGCAGCGGUGGUGGUGCAGCGAGCGGUGCAGCGAGUGAGUCAGUUGGCCCUGCAAGCGGAACGGCAACCGGGACGGGAUCGGCGUCCGGAGGAGCAGGUGGUGUCAGUACGCCGGCACAAGAAGCCGCCAGUCCCACGGUCUCCGAGCUCAGUGGCAGCGGCUCAAAUGCGACAAUAAAUGGUCAAGUGGCAAGACACGGCUCACUGACGAUUAUCCGACGCACCAAUAGCCGCAACUUCAGCCAAUUCGACGGCCAACUGGCAUCGCCCUCAUCCACCGCCGGCAGCAGCACAGCGCCGGGAAUUGGCUUCGCCCAGACGCCGCUCAGUGAACCACUUGCGGAGCGACUGAGCUUUCGUGCUUCCGGUGGAUCCAACGGAUCCGCGUCCGCCGGCGACAGCCGAUCCAGCAAUCAGGGCCCAUCAAAUUCCGGACCAGCCGCCUCCGUCGCAGCCGCCGCCGCGAAAAUGCAGCCAUCAUCGCCGAAUGCCACCAACUAUCUGGCCGAUAAUAUACAGAUCUCGUCGGCCAAUCUAUCGCAAACCGAAAUGGUCGUGGGUCGCGAUUCGGCCGAUUAUACCGCCAUGCAUUCGAUUAACGUGGGCGUCGGCAAUUCGUUCCUGCGGGGGGACACCGAUAUACCGCAGGAGUCGGGACACUCCUUCGAAACGCCCUCGAAUAUGUCGUUCGCCGCCGGGCAAUGGGAUACGGAAAGUUUGCCGCCAGUCGACACGCCAGAUGCUCUUAACAAAGCGGCCGGAAGGAUACGCAGUCUCCUCCGCCGCAUGGAUCAUGAGACCGUCGCCUACGAGGACAUGCAGCGGAAUCUGCACUACGCGGCUCGUGUGCUCGAGGCGGUCUUCAUAGACGAAUCAAGAAGCCCCACAACAGGUAAAACAAAGUUGGGGCAGAUUGCGUCCUCAUCCGUUGAGAGCGAAGAGGAGGGCUGCAAUGGGAACUGCAAGAACCUGAACUGCAGUCGCCACAGCCACAGUCACGGACACGAUGACCAGCAGCAGGACAACAACAACUCCAAUAGGAGUUGCAGCCUGCAGGAGGCGUCGCCUGGGGGAGCAGGUGCGGGUGGAGGUGCUGGUGCAGGUGCCACACCAGGCGCUGACAACCAGGACAGCAUAGAGAGUCGCACCAAGGGCGUUUCCCAGGCGCCGCAGACCCACAGUGGCCCAACGGGUCCACCAUCCAACACCUCGUGCGAAACUAUCGCACCACCUGCCCCUAAGCUUCAACCCGCCCUGGAAACCGUAAGGGAAUCGGUGAUGGAGGAGAGUCCAUCGAAGGAUCCCGGCGACAAAGGACCACCACCGCCCGCCAGCACAUCCACAUCCCAAGCCACCACCUCCUCCAGCGCAACCACGGAGCCAAGUGCCAAGGCGACCGAGAGUCAAGCGGGAAGUGCCGGCAGCAGUGGCAGUUGCAGUAACCCAGCGGCGGUGCACCGGCAACGGCGCCUAAGGACACCCACCUGGGCCAGGUCCAUGUCGACGAACAAAACGCGCCUGGCCGACGAGGACGAUGAGCUGUCGGAGGUGCAGCCGGAUGCAGUGCCGCCGGAGGUGCGCGAGUGGCUGGCCUCCACCUUCACCCGCCAGAUGGCCACCAGCCGGCGCAAGAGCGACGAGAAGCCCAAGUUCCGUUCGGUGGCCCACGCCAUCCGGGCGGGCAUCUUCGUGGACCGCAUGUACCGGCGCGUCUCCAGCUCGGCCCUCACGGCCUUCCCACCGGACGUGGUCAGGCUGCUCAAGAACCUGGACGACUGGACCUUUGAUGUGUUCGCCCUGACGGAGGCGGCCAGUGGCCAGGUGGUGAAGUACGUGGCCUACGAGCUCUUCAACCGCUACGGCUCGAUUCACAAGUUCAAGAUUGCGCCCGGGAUCCUGGAGGCGUUCCUGCAUCGCGUGGAGGAGGGCUACUGCCGGUAUCGGAAUCCGUAUCAUAACAAUCUGCACGCCGUGGACGUGAUGCAGACGAUCCACUACUGCCUGUGCAACACGGGUCUGAUGAACUGGCUGACGGACCUGGAGAUCUUCGCCUCGCUGCUGGCCGCCCUGCUCCACGAUUACGAGCACACCGGCACCACCAAUAACUUCCAUGUGAUGUCCGGUUCGGAGACGGCUCUGCUGUACAACGAUCGGGCUGUGCUGGAGAAUCAUCAUGCCAGCGCCAGUUUCCGGCUGCUGCGCGAGGAUGAGUACAACAUACUGUCGCAUUUGUCGCGCGAGGAGUUCCGUGAACUGCGCGGCCUGGUCAUCGAAAUGGUACUCGGCACCGAUAUGACCAAUCACUUCCAGCAGAUGAAGGCCAUGCGCCAGCUGCUGACGCUCCAGGAGACGACCAUUGACAAGCAGAAGGUGCUGUCCCUGGUGCUCCACUGCUGCGACAUCUCGCAUCCGGCCAAGCAGUGGGGCGUCCAUCAUCGCUGGACGAUGCUACUGCUGGAGGAGUUCUUCCGCCAGGGCGACCUCGAGAAGGAGCUGGGCUUGCCCUUCAGUCCGCUGUGUGAUCGCAACAACACGUUGGUGGCCGAGUCGCAGAUCUGUUUCAUUGACUUCAUCGUGGAGCCCAGCAUGGGCGUCAUGUCCGACAUGCUGGAGCUCAUACUGGCGCCCAUUGCGCCGAUGAACAAGUCCAAGCCCGCCACUCUGGUGGAGCACGAGACGACUGCUAACUCCACGACGAACUCGGCGAUCGUCAUACCCAACUCGGGAAUCACGCCCAGCAUGGACAAGCCACGGGAUCAUCGCAGCGAGGCCAAGACCACCGCCGCCGAGUGCCUCGCCCGCAAGAGUGUCACCGGCACCACCGCCUCCAAGUUCAACAUACCCAAGCCGUGGCUCACCUGUCUGGUGGAGAACAAGCGGAUAUGGAAGGAGCAGGCCGUCAAAGACGCCGAGGCUCGGGCUUUGGCCACCGCAGCUGAGGAAGCUGCAGCUGCAGCGGCGGCGGAAGCGGAGGAAAGCAAGCCGGAAACGGAAGCGGCCGAUGGCGAGCAGAGUGAGGCAGCUGCGGAUCCGGCAGAUGGCGCUGCGGCCUAAGGGGGCAACUGCGCCACCUGGCGGCCGGCGGCCAACUGAAACGGAAACGAAUGCGGAAAAACGGAACACAAGAGGAAACUUUGAUGGCUACACUGAGAGAAACCGAUGAACGAACGAAGCUGCAAGAAUAUUGUUUACUAAGCUUAGAAUCAGCCUAGAAUAUUGAUAACAAAACGCUUCAAAUGCGCUCUCUAUGUGAAUUGUGGUAGAGUUAGAAUUAACGUACAUCAUCUAUACACAUAGGUACAUUAAUAUCGAUAUAUAUGUAUAAAUACUGUUUACUUUGUUGUUGCAAAAGGGAAAGCAAAUUGAAAAACAGAAGAAAACUUAUGAAAAUAUUAGGGCCAAGCACAAAUACAAACGAACAGCGGAGAAAAAAAAGAAACGCGUAGAUGUAAAUAGCGAGGAGUUCAACUGAAAUUUGUUGUGAAUUUGUUGGUUCGUUGCGAGCAUUUAUAUUUAGAAUUCAGUUGUACUUGUGUUGUACUUGAUUAGUUUUAGUCAAAUGUGGAAUUUAUCGUAUGAUUUGUCUAAGUUCGAUGUACGCAAUUUCGUUUCUAAUUAAAUACAUAUAUAUUUUUGUAAUCGUUUCCACCUUUUAUUUUUUCGCCCUUAGUUUUGUGUGUUUGCAUUUACCAAGCAUUCGAAUUGCUCAAUUUAACGAGUGGUUUUUCAAGGAAGGGACGACAGACGCGUCGAUCUGUCUAGAUAUUAAGUACCUAACUAAAAACUAAACCAAAAAAUACCUGACAACUAGCUAUACGACUUGUAUAUACUCUACACCAACCCCUAACAGACUUUCCCCACAAAAAAAAAA